GUCACACGCAGUAUAAAGCUGCAUGAGUGCAGCGCUAUGGAGCAGCAGACUGAAAUCUUCAGAAAUUUACUCCAGCCAUGACUCAACUCCAGUCGCUGCAUGUGUCCGUGGGCAUAUUGAGCAUCUCUGGCGGUUCCCUCGUACUUUUGGUGAACAAUUAUGCCAGCUCACCUGAAAAAGACUUCAUCCCCCACACUGCACUGGGGAUUCUGCUCCUCAUCAUUGCAGCCCUUCUUGCUUAUGCAGGUAUCCGUCACAGUCUGUCCCACGCUCAGCUGUUUUCUUCUCUGUGUCUCACCAUCGCUGCUCUGUGGUGUGGUUCAGGUCUGGUCUACAUCCUGGUGGGUCAGGGUGUGCUUAAGUCCACAGAGCUGAGAUCCUCCCUAGUCCCAGCCCUUGCAGCCUUUACCUUAGCUCUGCUUAUUAUAGGCAGUGUAGCAGCUGUAGCAAAGAAAACUGUUCUGUGUCUCAUUGCUGUUGGAAUUAGCUUUGCGUGUGCACAUCAAAUUGCAGGUUUAUCAGCUGCAGGUUUCGGUCAGUCUGCCACUGCUGCAAACUACCUUUUGGUUUGUGUUGUGGGAGUUUACUUUGGUUUUGGACGUCUGCUGUCGAUCAUCACUCAUGGUAAAGUGGAGGCUCCAGGAACAAGCCUGAAAAGAAAACCUGAUCCAAAAGCACAGCAAAUCAAAAGCUGUGGGGAUCUAGAGUCAGUAGGUCUGGUGAUGAACCUGCUGUCCGCCUCUGUGUUAGUCUGUCCUCUGUUAGGCGUGGUCCCCCAGCUCUCUGUGGGUCAUGUCCCCUGGCUGUGGACCGCUGGUGUCUUCCAGCUUGGGAUGUGUGUCCUCUUCUACCGAGCCAUGGACACACUAGCUGCUACUUUUUACGGUUUUACUGCUUUGCUAAAGUUUGCAGAGGGCUACAGCGCUCUGCUAUCAUUCUACACAAUUCAACCUCUCUCCCCUGUUCCCUUCCCUGUUGUCUUCUCUGUGCUCUUCUCCAUCCUGGCUCUGUUCAGUUGUCAGAAGAGUAUGCUGGAGGGGCUCUACCAAUUAUUCUUUACAGCUUAUUGUAUUGCCAUUGCUGCCCAGCCUCAAGGCUUCUUCCAAGGAGGCACACAGGGUGUACAGGGCGCUAUUUUUGUAAUCUCUGCUGUAAUGCUUUUAGUCACCACCUACAAUAUGGUCGCCACCACAAAGAUUCCUGUAGGUCAAAGCUGUUUCAAGACCUUAACUACCCAGAUGCGGGGUGUUACUCUCAGAGCCGAUAAAGAGCUGCAUGCACCCUACCUAGGCUACUCCAAGUAUGCAGAUGCAGAGGUGUUAGGCCAUGCCUGCAGUGUUCUUGCUGCUUUUGCCAUGACAGCCUCAGUUGGAGACAGAAACCCCCUGUCUAUGUUGGUUCUUCCCUGGGUGGUGGUAUCUGGAGGGGCUCUCCAGCUGCUCUGUGGAUCGGUAGCUUUUGCACGAGGUAAAACCUUUGAGAGCACAGUUUUUAUAUUCCAAGGGAUGAUGUGGACAGUGUGGGGGUUAACACGAUACGGUGGCUUGUAUGGGGAAACCAGGGGCUUUAAUGUGGCUGUGGGGAUAAUUAGCUUCAUGCUGUUCAACUGUUUAGUGACAGUUGCAGCACUGUUUUUAAGUGUUGCCUGGUUUGCAUACUCCCUCACUUUCCAGCUAAUUCUGAUAAGCUUUCUGCUGGAUGCUGUCGGUGCUCUGCCUUAUGGUUAUGACAUAGGAGUCACCAUCAUCUUUGGUCUUGUUGGUUUUUACUGCUUCCUGGCACAUAUGUUCAACAGUACCUUCCAGAGCCCACAGAUCCCCUUAGGAAAACCCUUAGUUAGACUGAGUGGAGUUGGAGGAGGAGCAAAUAUCUGUCCCCAUGUACCAGCCCGUAAGGCAUCAUCUGUGAAGCAGAUUGCAGAAAUCAUGAAAAAUGGCGGCAUAUGUGGAAUGCCAACUGAUACAGUAUAUGUGCUGGUGGCAGCUUGCAACAGACCUGAUGCAGUGGUCAAAGCUUUCAAGGUGAAGAAGCAGGCACAGGACCGACCCAUGUCUAUGUGGAUCUCCUCUAUCAAGCAGCUGGAGCCAGUGCGUCAUCUCCUGAGCCCUCUGCUGCUGGACUUCAUGGAGGCUGCAUGGCCCUCCUCCAUUAGCAUGGUUAUACCCAGAGGGCCCUGGAUGGACAUCUUUGGUUUAGGAGACGCUGCCAAGCACAUCGGGACUCCACAAAGCAUUGCUAUAAGAAACCCAGACUGCUCAGUGGCCACACAUCUUAUUAAUCUGGUGGGGCCCAUCGCUGUGACCUCAGCCAACCCCACAGGCGAGGCAGACACAACUCAUCACAACCAAGUUUAUGCCAAGUUAGGCGACAAGGUGGAGGGAGUAUUGUGUGAUGGACCCUCCCCAGAGAAUAUUGCAUCUACAGUGGUUGACUGCACCAAGAUUGAAACAGGACACAUUGGUUUCUUCAGAGUUGGUCUCAUUCCUAAAUCAAAGGUUCUUCAAAUCUUUGAGGACGUCCAGAAGCGGCACAUACAAGGGCAAACAAACCCUGCUUUUGAAUAUGAUCUGCAACCGACGGACACACAAAGUGACAGAAGUUUAGCAGACGACGACACGGCAGAAGAGACAGACGGAGCACACACGGUUUCUUCUGAGCCAAGUCCAGAUGUCAGCAAUGAGUCAUAAUGAAAACGUAGUGCUCAUAUCGCUGCCAAACCUAAUGUUUAUAAUGUACAUGUACACAGGUAGCUGGAUUUGAACACAUAUACUGUAUAUCACAUGGCUGGACAUUCAAUUAUUUAUAUCUUUGUUCAUGGAGUCAGGUACAGCAAAAUACUGUAAAACACAUCAGGCUGCAUUGAAUUAAUAAUGAAUAUAAUUUAUUUUUUACAAUGUUGCAUUUUUUUUUUUUAUUAAUGUAUUCUGAAUGUUUGAAUGGAAUUUGUAUUUGAAUUUAUUGUAUAUACUUCUCAUUAGAAGACAAACAUUAAAUUAUUUCCAAAAACUGCUUUUAGUUCCUCGUGCAAUAAUGUUUGAAAACUUUUCUGACAUUUGAUUUUCUCAGAUUUGAGAAACACAUUCACAUUUGUUCAUUUACAGACCACUGUCUAACAUAAGAGAUAUGCAUUGUUUUUAUUCUGUCCCUGUCUAAUAAAAAACACCCUUCUGAAGCAU